AUGGAAAGUGAAAUGGAAGUUGACAAGGAAGACCCGAUCGUUGAAGGCGACGAGACAACGCCCCCCACUACCUCCAAUGGCGACCCCGAUGAGGACUCGCAGUGCACUACACCGGCGGAGCCGGUCUCCGAGCAGUUCACGAAGAUGAUCAACUCCAGCGACUUCGACUCAAAGAUCAAGGAGGAUCGCUCGAAGCGGUUCGACUUUCUACUCAAACAGACGGAGAUCUUCUCGCAUUUCAUGACAACGGGCAUCAACCCCACAGAGUCAACCACCCCGAAGCGCGGCAGAAAGCCCAAAGCAUCGACAGUGGCUGCGGCAGCCGCCGAUGCGGCCGACCAUCGCCACCGAAUGACUGAACAGGAGGAGGACGAGGAGCUGCUGAGUGCGACGAAAAAGGCUUCCAGCUAUUUUCGCUUUGACCAAAGUCCAACCUACAUUAAAAACGGCGAAAUGCGGGACUACCAGGUUCGCGGUCUGAACUGGAUGAUCAGUCUGAUGGAGAAUGGCAUCAACGGCAUUCUCGCCGACGAGAUGGGUCUCGGCAAGACGCUGCAGACCAUCUCACUGCUCGGCUACAUGAAACACUACAAAAAUGCCGCCGGACCGCACAUGGUAAUCAGCCCGAAGUCGACGCUGACCAACUGGAUGAAUGAGAUUAAAAAGUGGUGUCCCACACUGAAGCCAGUCUGUCUGAUCGGCAACCAGGAGGCUCGUAAUACGCUGAUUCGCGAAACACUGCUCGGCCCGCCCAACAGCUUCGACGUGGUCGUCACCUCCUACGAAAUGAUCAUCAAGGAGAAGGCAGUUUUGAAAAAGUUCACCUGGCGGUACAUUGUCAUCGACGAGGCGCAUCGCAUUAAGAACGAAAAGAGCAAACUUUCGGAAAUUAUUCGCGAAUUCAAAUCGACCAAUCGACUCCUACUAACCGGUACUCCACUUCAGAAUAACCUUCACGAACUGUGGGCGCUUUUGAACUUUCUUCUGCCCGAUGUUUUCAACUCUUCUGAGGACUUUGACUCCUGGUUCAACACCAACUCCUGCUUGGGCGACAAAUCACUGGUGGAGCGUCUGCACUACGUCCUCAGGCCGUUCCUUCUGCGACGACUGAAGAGCGAGGUGGAGAAGAAGCUGCCACCAAAGAUUGAGACCAAAAUCUACGUCGGUCUGAGUCGGAUGCAGCGCGAGUGGUACACCAAAAUUCUCAUGAAGGACAUUGACGUGGUGAACAAUGCCGGCAAGUCGGACAAGCUCCGCCUGCUGAACAUUCUCAUGCAGCUGCGAAAGUGCGCCAACCACCCCUACCUCUUUGACGGCGCCGAGCCCGGUCCGCCCUACACCACCGACAUGCACCUGGUGGAGAACAGCGGGAAGAUGUGCAUCCUCGACAAACUGCUGCCCCGGCUGAAGGAGCAGGAUAGUCGGGUGCUCAUCUUCAGUCAGAUGACGCGAAUGCUGGACAUCAUGGAGGACUACUGUCUCUGGCGGGGCUACAAGUACUGCCGCCUGGACGGACAGACGUCGCACGAGGACCGCGAGCGCAGCAUUGAGGCCUUCAACCGGCCGGACAGUGAAAAGUUCAUCUUCAUGCUCAGCACCCGAGCCGGCGGUCUGGGCAUCAACCUGGCCACCGCCGACGUGGUCAUCCUCUACGACUCGGACUGGAAUCCGCAGGCGGAUCUGCAGGCCCAGGAUCGAGCCCAUCGAAUUGGACAGAAGAAGCCGGUGCGCGUCUUUCGCUUCAUCACCGACAACACCGUCGAGGAGCGCAUUGUAGAGCGGGCGGAGGUAAAGCUCCGUCUGGACACGCUGGUCAUUCAGCAGGGACGACUGGUGGACGGGCAGAACAAGCUGAACAAGGACGAGGUGCUGGGCAUGAUUCGCCACGGUGCCGACCAGAUCUUCGCCUCGAAGGACAGCCAGAUCACCGAGGAGGACUUGGACUCGAUUCUGCAGCGUGGUGAGGCGAAGACCGAGGAGAUGAAGAAGCGCUUGGAGCAGAUGGGCGAGGGCCAGCUGAAGAACUUUACACUGGACACUGGAGACAGCAGCGUGUACCAGUUUGAGGGCGAGGACUACCGAGAGAAGCAGAAGCUGGCGGCGCUGGCCUGGAUUGAGCCGCCGAAGCGAGAGCGCAAGGCCAACUACGCCGUGGACGCCUACUUUCGAGAGGCGCUGCGAGUCUCUGAGCCAAAGGCACCGAAGGCGCCUCGACCACCGAAGCAGCCCAACGUGCAGGACUUUCAGUUCUUUCCGCCGCGACUCUUUGAGCUGCUCGACAAGGAGAUCUACUUUUACCGGAAGACCAUCGGCUACAAGGUGCCGCUCAAUCCCGAUCUGGGCGACACUGCGGAGAAGGUGCGCAAACAGGAGCAGAAGCUGAUUGACAAGAGCGAGGCGCUCACCGAGGAGGAGACGCAGGAGAAGGAGGAGCUGCUGACGGAGGGCUACAUCAACUGGUCACGACGGGACUUUAAUCAGUUCGUGAAGAUGUGCGAAAAGUACGGUCGCGACGACAUUGACUCCAUCAGCAAGGAGAUUGAGGGCAAGGCGCCGGAGGAUGUGGUCGAGUACGCGAAGACCUUCUGGGAUCGCUUUGCCGAGCUGGCCGACGGCGAGAAGAUCAUUGCGCAGAUUGAGAAGGGCGAACAGCGCAUCAAGCGCCGGCAGGACAUUAAGAAGGCCAUCGAGGCGAAGAUGGCCCGCUACUCGGCGCCCUUUCACCAGCUGCGCAUCAACUACGGCGCUAACAAGGGCAAGAACUACAUUGAGGAGGAGGAUCGCUACCUGAUCUGCAGUCUACACAAGCUGGGCGUCGACCGGGAGAACGUCUACGAGGACCUGAAGCUGGCCAUUCGCGAGGCGCCCCAAUUUCGCUUUGAUUGGUUCCUCAAGUCGCGCACCACCUCGGAGCUGCAACGUCGCUGCAACACGCUCAUUACGCUCAUUGAACGAGAAAACCAGGAGCUGGAGGAGCGAGAGGCGGCCACGAAGAAGUCAGGCAAGGGCGGCAAGGGUGGUGGUGCCGGUGGCAGAGGCGGACGGGGCCAGAUGAACGGCACCAUCGACAAGGACGCACAGGAGAAUGUGAAGCCGGCGACCACGGGACGACGAAAGCGGAAGCUCGCGUAG